ACAGUGAUUGGCUGACCAGGGGCCUCCCCUUCUCCCUUCCUCUCUGCACCCUGCAGACGGAAGGCCCAUUGGGGAAUGGGUACAGAGUUGUCAUCCCAUGCGGGCAUCAGGGCUCGGCCCUAGAGAAGCCAGAGAGGAACGCCACCGGCCCGGACCCCAAAGGUCUGCCUCUGGGCAGGAGAGGGUGACGGUCACCUCCUUGCCUCCUCCUCCCCACCUUCUAAAGCAGCGCGGAAGCUACGACCCACCGAGGAGCCCAGACCAGCUGCCUGUUGUGUUCCCACGAAAUCAAACCGAACCAAACCAGGAGCCCGAGAAGCCCCGCCGGCCCGGCCCUUCGCACCCCAUGGCGGGUCUGAACCCGGCACAGCUAGGGAAGUUCCAGGAGGAUGGAUUUCUGGUCCUGGAAGGAAUAUUUUCCCCCAAGGAGUGUGAUAUGAUGAGAGAACAAAUCCAGAAGAUUGUAGCAGAAAUGGAAGUCCCUUCUCAUUGUCGCACUGAAUUCUCUACUCAACAAGAGGAACAGCUCCGAGUCCAGGGCAAUACAGACUAUUUUUUGACCAGCGGGGACAAGAUCAGAUUCUUCUUUGAGAAAGGAGUGUUUGACAAGGAAGGUAAUUUUCUAGUCCCACCAGAGAACUCUAUCAACAAAAUUGGCCAUGCUCUGCAUGCCCAUGACCCUGUCUUUAAGCGCAUUACCCAUUCACCUCAGGUGCAGGAGCUGAUCAAGAGUCUGGGGCUUGAGGUACCUGUGGUAGUUCAAAGCAUGUACAUCUUCAAGCAACCACAUUUUGGCGGGGAAGUCACCCCACACCAGGAUGCCACCUUUCUCCACACUAAGCCAUUGGGUCGAGUCCUGGGCGUUUGGAUCGCGCUGGAGGAUGCUACCCUGGAGAAUGGCUGCCUCUGGUUUAUCCCUGGCUCCCACACUGAUGGAAUUUCCCGAAGGAUGGUACGGGUACAGGUUGGCUCUGUAGGCUGCACCAACUUCAUAGGCUCUGAACAGGUUUAUGAGGAUAGCCAUUUCAUCCCCACACCCAUCCAUAAAGGGGGUCUCAUCUUGAUACAUGGAGAGGUUGUUCAUAAGAGUGAGCUGAACCGCUCUGCACAUUCUCGCCAUGCAUACACCUUCCACCUCAUGGAAUCCAAGGGCACUCACUGGAGCCAGGAUAACUGGCUUCAGCCAACACCAGAGCUGCCUUUUCCCCUACUGUAUACCUAAUGGUAAUCAGUAAGAUGGAUUCCCUUGCCUUUCUAGGUAGACCUGACGCUUCCUCUGUCCUCUGGGGUAAAUGGCCCUUGUUUUGUCCUGGAUGACUUAGUACCUAGUACAUCUGCCUUUCUUCUUGGGAUCAACUCCUGGAUAACCCUCAGACUCACCUGGUAGAGAGGAAGAAAAAAGCUUGAUGUAUGUAUGAGGGAAAGAAGGGAGAAGAAACACAGUGAGGACAUGAAUGAGGGAUGUCUAUGGUAUCAGUCACUGAAUAAAUUAACUACCAAAUGCA